GAGUAAUUCAAAUUUGAAUCAUUAGAGAAAGGAAGGAAAAUUCAACACUUCAGAGGCAUUUCAAGGAUUGCCUCAGUUUCUAUCAGUACAACAGAUGAAUGACUUUGCACAGCCAGGUCUUUCGUAUUGAUUUUGUCCUAAGUCUGUUACCUUAACCAGUGAAUACUUCGAGGGCCUAGAUACUGUCAUGGAAACAAGAUCGGAAGCCCGGACUUUGGCCGACUAUUUUUCUAUUCCACCGUCGCAAAAGCUCAGUUUUAUUCUGUCAACAACAAAGACACUUGCUUAUUUCAAAAGCUCUCCAACUUCGAUUUGUACUUUAUGACCAGUUUUGCUUUACAGGAAGUUGCAAAGCUUUCAAAUUUAGCACAUUAUAUUCACAAUCUUGUAUUACCUUUGUCUGGCAUUCGCUACAACACACUACAUGUACAACAAUCGUCAUGGCUAUCUCUAAGCAACAAGAGGCAGUUAUUGCUAAGAUAGUUGCCUAUAAUCCAGCUACUUGGUUUCUUGCUUGUGAAUCUGAGAUUGUCAAGAUUGCAGAAGAAGAUCGAGCUGAAUUUGGGAAAAUACUACUCGAAGCAAUGGACGUUUACAAGUCCAAAGUUCAAAAUGCCAUUCCCAUAUUAAAAAGAGGACCUAACCUUAAUCCUGAAGUCAACAUGCGAGCUUGGGCUAUGAUGCAUGCUAGAUUUCUUGCGCGUUUGUUCAUUAAGCAUCCCACUCUGUGCAAGCGAUUAUGCGUCAAGCUUUCUAACGAGAUAUAUAAUCCAGGAUGGAGAUUUCAUGUCCAGAAAUUCAAGGACAUAGAAAAACACAAGGGAGAAAUAGAGGAGCAGGUUGAGGCGGCGUGUCGAGAAAGUCAGUUGUUUUUCAGCACUCAUUCAGGAUACAAUUUCGUUAUCUCAAACCACAGCAAUUCUGCCAGUGGCUCUCAAUCGAAGCCGCAAAUUCUUCCUCGGUUUGAAGGGCAAAGUCGCAAAAGGGCUGCGGAAUCUUUGUUAGCUUUAUCUCAGAGUGAUGAUGCUUAUUACAACUAUGAGUCUACCUCAUCAAGUCAUUUACCAUCUCCUCAAAUUAUGCCUCUUCAAGUUCACGGUGGUCAUGACCAAACGACGACUUCCAACUCCCAAUCUAGCACUCGCGAAAAUCAACCCAAGCACGUGAGAAUUGCUCUCGCCCUGGAGAAGAGCGCUGCUGCUGAGCUUGAGGCUAUCAGUAAGAUGAAUGGGAACUCCUUCUAUCGUACUACUCAAGAAAAAUCUCACCAAUUGCAUCUGGAACGCAAUAUUCAGUCGCAGAUAGCUUUGCAGAAUGGUGUUAGCGAUGACGAACUUGAUCGACUCACGAGCACGAAGAAGCUGAAGAAAAGAAAGAGAACUAGCGACUCUCGCAGAAUAAGUGCAGCGGAAGCUGCCAUUAUUCCUGUUUCUGAUAUCGGAGACAAACAGUCCACUUCCAGAAAUAGUGAUGGUGAGAUCCGAGUGAGUGAUAAUCGACAGGAAGUCAGCAGCAGACAAGACCUCUCGUUAUCCAGCAUGCAAGGAAAUGCUUUGAGCGAGGCUGCAACUACCAAUCUCAGUCUCGGGAUUGAAUACAAUUUCAUAAAUAAUAACUCCUCUCCCGCAGAAUCUGUCGAUAGGGAUAGUGAUGAACGUUUCUCUCUUCGCGAAAUGAUUGAUGCUAUGGAGUUUGUUGCAGAGCAUCCUUGGGUCUGCGAAAAUCUAUUAGUGCAUCAUGUCUGGGAUGAAUACAAGCUUUUUCAUGAAUACAAUACCGAGGCGUUGAAGGUAGCAGAAGAAGAGAUUCAAGAAUUGAAUAGAGCUGCUGCAAGAAAAGCUACAUCCUAUAGACACAAGGGAACAGAAGUCGGCUCACCAAAUAACUCUGUACAUUUUACACGCAGUACGAACCAGACUUCCCAUUUGACUAGUUUACCUCCCGCUCGUCUUGUAUCUUCGUCUCAAUCUACACCCUCUGAGGCAAAUCCGACUGAUGAGGCUAACGAAAAUGACAUGACUGCCGCUGAAGGGGAACAGGCGAUUGCUGGAGCUGCCCAAGCUGGAUUUGGGAACCGUAACUUUCAGCUCCAGGUUGCUACGGUUUAUCGUGCAUUGGGAGUGGUUCCAACUGCUACAGGCCCUGUUCCUUCUAAUCAUGCACGUUUCUAUCAUGAUCAAUCAUCUGAAAGCUUUGCUCCUAAUAACAAUGCACCACUACGCCGAGCAAGAUCAUCCGAUAGAUCUUCUCAUGAGAAUAAUGGGCCUAAACGUCGUCGGCAGUCGUCCAAGAUGGCUCACCCCGUUGUUGAUGAAGAUACCAUCGUUGUCGAUACAUCUUCACUUGUGGCGGCCCAUGUUCAUUCUGUUCCUGACUAUAUCGCGCCUUCGCGUCGUGGUCGAUCAUCUGAAGACUUCAUUCCCGCUUAUGCGCCACCCAGACGUCGUUCUCAGGCAACUAUCGGCCAAGCAAGCGUGGCUCAUGGUACUGGCGCAAAUCCUGCCACAAACUCUGAUAGAGCAAAUAUUAGUCUCGCUCCUGCUGCAACUCGGGCUCAAAUGCGUGAACAGCUGCAGGUUGCGGCUGUCUGCCAAUCACUCGGACGUCAAAAUGAGAUGCUUUCUGAAGACCUUGGAAAUGAUGGAGCUAGAGUUGAGAUGGAAGGAGUAGAAGGAGCUCCCUCCGAAAUUCAUGCUCUUACAUCUGGAAUGAUACAUCGUGGACGGGAUGAUAGUAUGUAUAAGAUACAUCAUGAUUGUCGCAUACCUUCUUUUGGACUUCAAGCCAAUGUUUCUGAGACAUUUGCUCAAGAUCAAUUCCUUAACCUGCAUGGAGGAGCUGGUGCGCCGAGCGACUUCUGUUUUAACUAUAUUGCGAAUCAGAACAUGGAUUCUGGAAUUGGUCUUGCACCCCAUCAUCGUGUAGCUACUGCUGCUGGCCAAUAUCAGGAAGGCUUUUUUGACAAUCAAACUCGCCGGGAGCAGGAGAUGGGAUUUCUAGGAGUUGGCUUCCCUGGUCCUGGAACUCUCAGUUUUAAUCACCAAAUCCCUGGGAUUCAUGGACUAUCUCAACCUAUUGCAGCUCUUGAUAACCCACAAGAAAAUUUUUGGAUGCAUCGAAGUAAUUUUACUGACUUUGGACCAUUUAGCAUGGGUCUAGGUAUGGAAGACAAUAUGGAUCUAGAACUGAACAUGGAUCCAAGCGCAAACAUUCUUCCAGCUCCCAAUCUCAAUGAUAUCCGCGGCCCAGAAAACAACCUUGCUGAUUCCAGAGGCAACUUUAAUUUUGAUUUUGGGACUGACAAUAUGCCAUUCCAAGGUCCAAGACAACCCUCUCAUCAUCUUGGUGCAUUUAACCCUGAUGCCGGUUCCGCUGGUUUCAGUGACAUGAAGCAAUCUUUCGGCAGUAUCAACCAAAAUCCUGGUGGUAUAAACCAAGCUCCUGUUGGCUUUGAAGGCAUGAAUGAUUUCAUGUCUCAAAGUACACCCCCCGCGCAAUUCAAUGGCCAAUUUGAAUUCGGCAACAUGAAUCAAUCCUUUCAUCAACCAGGUAGAAUGGAUCCAGUCAAUGUUCUGGAACCACCACGUCGUGAUAGAGCUGGUGCAAGAAGCCAGCCUGGCGAGGCGGUCGCUCCAGAAACACCUCAUCGUACUCGUGCUGGCACUAGAAGUCAAAGACAUUCUGGUUUGUCUGCUAGGGUUGGCAACCACUUCCGAUUUCAGGAUACCGAAUCGGUUGAUGGAGAUGGUGACGGUGAUUUUGUUGAUGGCGAAGAUGAAGAACAGGAUGAGGAAGACGGCGAGGAGGAGGUUGUAGAAGAUGAGGAUGAUGAAGAUGAUUUUGAAGAAGAGAGCCCUAGUAAGAGAGCACGUCACCGCAAAGAUUCUUCAAGAGGUUCGGUCAGAAAUUCAGCUAAAGCUCCUGCCAAAGGCUCCGCAAAGGGUACCCCGAGAAAAUCAAGAAAAUCUCCCGUCAAGAAGGGUCCCAAGGUUGCAUUUAAUCCUCGACCAGCCUCAGCACCUUCUACUCUUGAUCGUGGUCCAGCUCGGAGGUAUCAUCAAACCACAAUAAACAUUUCACCUGGCGCUUUUGGUCACCAGCUUAAUCUUGAAAUUCCUGAACGCUAGGGAAUAUUAUAAUUCGCGGCUUUUGCUCAGGAUAGGGCGAAGUUUAAGAAGGAAUUUGAGAUAGAUUCUGAGAAUCCCGAUUUGUGAUGGGUGGCAGAUUUGAUGAUGCAUCGGCACCAGUUGAUCUGAAAGUUCUUUCCUUGUUGUUUCUCUUGAUUAAAAUUCAGUUCUCUAGAUAGCUUCUUGUUCAUUUCUGCUUCGCUUCUCAUUCCAGUUAUUCGAUAUUUACAGCAACGACACCAAGACUAUUCAGCCAUUCACCCAUAGUUAUACCCCUAUCUGGCAUGUUUUUCGGCGACCCAUUUGUUUAUUUCUGGCAACUUUUUCGUUUCACUUCUAUUUCUUCGAUUGAGACAAUAAUUCUUAUGUCUAUUAAUUUGGAAUCUUACAUUUCAAUUUGAUUUGGUUCGGCUUGGUCCAGGUGUUUUUUUUACAUCAGAUGAUGGUAUCUACACCCGUACAUACUAGCUAGGUAUACAUGAUCCUUAAGACAUGUUUAAAAAGUUUUCUCGACAAGGCGUCACGAUGUAAUUAAUGCAAACUCA